UACUUUUCUCCACUUUAAUAUUUUCCUUUAUUUUUUGAAAUAAGAAAACAAAAAUAUGGAACGAAUAAUUUUCCCUCCCUCCAUCUCUCCCUCUCUCUCUGGCUUAAUACAGCAAUGAAGCUUUAAUCAUCUCCUCUUAUUCUUCAUCUUCAAUUCUCAAAAUCUUCUGUUGUGUUUGGAAAAAAGCCACACGCGUGAUCUUCUUACAUGGAUGCAUUCUUCUUAACGGAUGAUCCCAAUACCCGGAACCAGUUAAUCCGGUCGCUAGCUCAAUCUUUUGGAUGUGUUUACGUUUGUCUUUGGUCUUACUAUUUUCCUCGACCUUCUAACUAUUUAAUAUCAAUGGAUGGAUAUUACAAUGAAGCUUCUGAAGAACCUUCUUCGUCUUCUUCUUCUGGAAGUUUAGCUAGGAGCUUGUUCCAUGAGUAUCGCCAAUCCGUUAUCCCGCUCCAAAAUGGGCAUGUGCCAAGCAUGGCGUUCAUGAACAAUCUUCCAUACGUAGAAAUUCGACCACAAGAGAGUCAAAGACUUGCUUUUAACGACACACAACGUCUCUUCUAUCAGGAAGCCAGGAUUCAGACGGUGAUAUUCAUGGGUUGCCGGAGCGGCGAGAUCGAACUCGGAAUGACGUAUGAUACUACAAAUAUGAAAAUUGAAGCAAGUCUUCGAGAAUGGUUCCCUGAAGAUUUCAAUAGAAAGUCUUCUCCGGCAAACUCCGAUUAUCUCCGGCCACCUCAUUAUCCCUCUUCAUCGUCUUCUUCUCUUAGUCCCAACAACAUCUCCGAAUAUUCCUCUCUUUUGUUCCCACUCAUCCCUAAACCUUCAACGACGACUGAGGCCGUUAACGUUCCGGUACUUCCACCGCUAGCUCCGAUCAAUAUGAUCCAUCCACAGCAUCAAGAGCCUUUAUUCCGUAACCGUCAACGUGAGGAAGAAGCAAUGACGCAAGCAAUCUUAGCGGUUUUAACGGGGCCAUCAAGUCCUCCGUCAACUUCUUCCUCGCCGCAGCGUAAAGGAAGAGCCACCGCUUUUAAGAGAUAUUACUCCAUGAUUAGUGACCGCGGUAGAGCCCCGCUUCCGAGUGUUCGGAAGCAAAGUAUGAUGACAAGAGCGAUGUCCUUCUACAAUAGGCUUAACAUUAACCAGAGAGAGCGUUUUACUAGGGAAAACGCUACUACACACGGCGAGGGAAGCGGUGGAAGUGGAGGGGGUGGACGUUAUACUAGCGGGCCAAGCGCAACGCAACUGCAACAUAUGAUAUCGGAGAGGAAACGGCGAGAGAAGCUUAAUGAGAGCUUUCAAGCAUUGAGAUCUCUCCUUCCUCCCGGAACUAAGAAAGAUAAAGCAUCGGUCCUCUCCAUUGCAAGAGAGCAACUAUCUUCUUUGCAAGGUGAGAUUUCGAAACUACUAGAGAGAAAUCGGGAGGUAGAGGCAAAGCUAGCAGGAGAAAGAGAGAUUGAAAAUGAUUUACGACCCGAAGAGAGGUUUAACGUUCGUAUAAGACAUAUACCUGAAUCAACAUCUAGAGAGAGGACUUUGGAUCUACGAGUUGUUCUAAGGGGAGACAUCAUUAGGGUUGAUGAUUUGAUGAUAAGACUUCUCGAAUUCUUGAAGCAAAUCAACAAUGUGAGCUUAGUGUCAAUCGAAGCUCGAACUCUAGCUAGAGCAGAGGGGGAUACUUCAAUUGUUCUUGUGAUCAGCUUAAGGCUCAAGAUUGAGGGUGAAUGGGACGAAUCAGCCUUCCAAGAAGCAGUCAGAAGGGUUGUUGCUGACUUGGCUCACUGACAACAAGUUUGACUAUUUCGUAACUAUAUACUAUAUAGUAAUUAUUAAAUUUCUAUUCCUCUUUUACGCUUACAAAUUCAUUUUUAAUGAUCGAAAGAUUAAAUUAUUUAUGGACAGUCUAUUUUUUACUAUGACGUGUGGCGGCUCCUAUCGUUGUCGAUGGUUCUUAUUACUGUGGAAUUUUUCAGCCGUUCGUCAUAUUUCUUGAAUCAAUAUUGACCGUUUGUUUUUAUUCAGUUUUUAGCUAUUACCGUAAAUUU